AUGUCCUCUCUCAAUGCGAUGGGCAAGCGCCUCUCCGGCAAGACCAUCCUCGUGACCGGCGCCUCCUCUGGCAUUGGCCGCUCCAUCGCCCAAGAGUUCGCCCGCACGUCGCCGCAGAACCUCAAGAUCAUCCUCACGGCGCGGCGGAUUGACACGUUAAAACAAGUCGCAUCUGAUAUACAGAAAGAGGUCGGCGACGGAGUAAAAGUGCUGCCUGUGAAACUGGACAUUUCGAACCCCCGGGAAGUCGCCGACUUCGUGCCUAACCUGCCCGAGGAGUGGAGGGACAUCGACGUCCUGGUGAACAAUGCCGGGCUGGUCAAGGGUGUGGAUAAAGCACCCGACAUCAAGGCGGAGGACAUGGAGAUCAUGUUUGCCACCAAUGUCACCGGGCUGAUCAACAUGACUCAGGCUAUUUUGCCGAUCAUGAAGGCCAAGAAAGGUGACAAUGGCGAGGAUGUUGGUGGGCGGGGCGACAUCAUUAUGAUUGGCAGCAUUGCAGGACGUGAAGGGUACCCUGGAGGAAGUAUUUACUGUGCCACCAAGGCCGCUGUCAGGACGUUCACGGACAGCUUGAGGCGGGAGUAUAUCGCCUCGAGGAUCAGGAUAAUCGAGGUUGAUCCGGGCCAGGUUGAGACGGAGUUCUCCGUCGUCCGCUUCUACGGGGACAAGUCCAAGGCGGACGCCGUCUACAAGGGAGUCGAGCCCUUGACGCCAGAUGACAUUGCCGAGGUGGUCGUGUUUGCCGCUGGAAGGAGGGAAAACGUGGUCCUCGCGGACUCGUUAAUCUUUCCGAACCACCAGGUGAGUCACUUGAGUUCUGUUGAUCUGUGA